AAACGAGAUUCCUAAGUGAUACGCACUUAAAAGGAUAUAGUAUGUAUCAGUAAGCUUUUACGUGUUAAAUCGUUUCAUUUCAAAUAUACGUACGUAUACCUUUGCGUUUUAUCAAAACAAAUGAUAAGAUCAUAUCGAGUACAUAUUAUAUAUAAGUAAUAACUUCUUUAGUUCAUUGUUAAUUGUACAACACUAUUUAGUGGAAUUGUUAAGCACGGGAAACAAAUUUCACGUACGAUAAUGAAUACGGGUGAAAAUGCAACAAAUGAAAUCAAACCACCAGCACCAUUGAAUGCAGAUGGGGACCUAGGUAAAAAUUGGUGUAACUGGAAGAGUGAUUUCAUAAAAUUUAUGAAAGUAGAAGAUCCCACAGAAUCUUACAAAGACAGAUGGGGAACUUUUCUUUUGAUGUUUAUUGGCCCUAUAGGACAAAAUGCUUACAAAGAAAUGUCUUGUGACAGAACAUUUGAUAAAGAGAAUUUUGAUGCUUUACUUAAAAAAUUAGAUUUGCAUUUCAUUUUUAGGACUACAGAAAAACUAUGCAAAGGAAACAUCAGCGAAUAUGUUAACAAUUUGAUGGAAAUUGCAAAAUUGAGUAAUUACAGCGAUGUGCAAAGUAUUGUUAAAGAAAAAAUUAUCAGUGACAUUAUAGAGCAAAAAUCUGAUGAAGAUUUUCAAAAGUUUUUACAAUCAUUGAAUUUGAGCGAAAUUAUUUCUGAAUGGAUGUCAAUACAGAAUUUCACAACUCAAACAAACAACAAGAAUAAUCAUGAACAAAAUGUUAUUGCCAAAAAACGUCUUGUGAACAAUUUAAUUGAAUGUGUCAGAUGUGGAACACAACAUACACGCAAUCAAUGCCCAGCGCAUGGAAAACAAUGUAAUAACUGUAAGAAAUAUAAUCAUCUUACAGAGAAGUGCAAAUCUAUGACAUACAUUAAACAAUGUCUCAAGUGUGGAACUGGACAUAAACCAAUUGAAUGUCCUGCUUUUGGUUAUGUGUGCACUAAAUGCGGUAAAAGUAAUCAUUAUUCAUGGAAGUGUCAAGUUCCUAUGGUAAGGAAUUGCUCUAGAUGCGGUACGGAUCAUGUUAUGUCUUUGUGUCCUGCGCAAGGGAAAGUGUGUCCCCGAUGUGAAAAGCCUAAUCAUUUAGAAACUAAAUGUAAAAAAAAAUAAAUAUAAAUAAAACCAACGUUUAUUAUCUCAAUACAUUAAAGUCAUAAAGACAUAUUGUAUUAUUACACUAUAACAAGAAUAAAGACGGUGAUAACAAUUUGUACAGAAAAGUAAGUGUUUUUUUUUUAAUAGAUGUCUGCAAACCAAAGUUCACAUUUCAUG